AUGAAAGCGUGGUCUCCUUUAAUUGCUGCAGCUUUAAUAUAUGCAGGCGUCAAUGCUCAAAUUGGCGUAGAAAUCAUCGAGGAUGACAGCACCGAGCCUUAUGCUGGCGUCUCCGAGGCCAUGAAUGGGCCUGGGCCCUGUAACGGUUAUCCAAAUUACAAGGAUAUGCCUAUUAACCAAGCAUUUUACCUCGGUGCUCACAACGCGCAAGCACAUGAUAUCGCUCAGGCACUGGCUGAUGGCAUUCGUUACUUGGAUAUCAAUCUGUGCAAAGACCAGGGAAUAAUUACUACUUGCUCAAGCAAAGAUGGAUCUGCAUUGAAAAAGACAUUCAGAGAUGUGCUAAACGACAUUUUCCACUUCUCGAGAGACAGUGUUCAACAGUUCUUCAUUGUCAACAUUAAAUCAGAGAACGUUGCUCAGCCAGUCGAGACAAAGGAGUUAGAGGCUGUGAUUGAUGAGCUUUGUAAGGUCCAUACGGAAGCAACUGCUGGUACAGAUGAAUUUGUAAAGAACGAGUGUCCUUUCAUAUACACUCGAGGACCCGGGCCAUGGCCUUCUGUAGCAAAUGUAGUUGAAUAUUAUCCGGAUAUGGCUCAAUGGGAAGGCGAUGGCGAGAUUGUAGGUGUUCGCACCAAAUUCAUGAUGACAAUGUCAGAUCAGGUCAUUUCAACACCCGGCAAUCAUGCAACUUACUUUUCGCCCACCUUCUGGAGAUCCAUUCACAAAGAGCCUGUACUAUCCAUGGACGAUUUGAAGAGUAGCAUCCGCAAAGAAUGUCGAAUCCCUGCUGGCGGCAUUGCACUGGAGGCCUACUUGUCAACGCAACAGUCAGAUUUCAACUAUACCCCUGAGAUGAUUGAAGAUAUUUUGCUUAGUAGAAAGGGUUGCAAUCUCAAUGACGCGCCUCUGAAUACAUUCGUGUCCUUGUUCUCUGCAGAUCAAUACAGAGAACAGCUGCCUUAUCUAAGGGAAUUGGAAAAGCGCAUGAUGGACCUCAACUAUGCAAAGUGGAGCGGAAACUAUGACUUGAUCAAACCAUCCAAGUUUGUGAAAGAGGAAAAGAAGGUCGAAAGAGAUGAGCUUUAG